AUGUCGAUGGUUGGUGCACAACAAAUGGUCGACAUGUUUCAUCAACGAUGCGGUCAUCGUGUAACUUUAACAAACAACAAUUGCACGGCCAUACGGGAUUUUUCAGAAUAUACUUUUGGAUUAGUUCUCAGCGCGGAGCCACUUAAAAAUGACGAGCUUUUCGAAGUUCGCAUCGAUAAAAAGAUGACAUCAUGGAAUGGUAGUAUAGAAAUUGGAGUAACAGAGUGUGAUCCAGAAGUAAUAGAAUUACCAGCUUGUGCCACUAAUUUACGUCAAGGAACAUGGAUUAUGUUUGAUUCUGGCAUAAUGCAUGAUGGAAUAAGAACAGUAGAAAUGUAUGGGAUGGAUCUGAAUGAAUUAGAAGAAGGAAGUACUUUAGGAGUAAUGAGGACAUCUAAUCAUGAAUUGAUAUUUUAUAUCAAUGGUGUCUCUCAAGGAGUAGCUGUAUCCAAUAUUCCAGAACGUAUUUUUGCAGUUGUAGACAUAUAUGGUAAUUGUGUGCAAGUGACCAUAACUCACCCACAAAUUGCUUCUGCUUUAUGUAAUGAACCAAAAGAUGAAGUUGAAAUUAAUAACGAUUAUGCUCUUGAAGAAGCAUCUAAUUCCUCAACAACUAAUCUAGUCGCUAAUUUGAAUGUUAAUUUAAAUGUUAAUGUUAAUGUUAAUUUACCCAAGAAUCCAAGUCCUGCUGCUAUUAGAGAAGAUAGAUUAAGGUUUCAUGAAAGAGUUGGUUCACUGGCAAAGUUGUCUAAUAAUGCCAGAACUGCAGAAAGACGAAGACCCUUAGAUGAAUUUAAUAAUGGAGUAGUAAUGACUCAUAGGCCAUUGAGAGAUAAUGAAUUAUUUGAGGUACGAAUUGAUAGGCUUGUGCACAAAUGGUCAGGUAGUAUAGAAGUUGGAGUUACAAUGCACAGUCCAACGGCAUUAGAAUUUCCAGCAACAAUGACUAACAUGCGGUCAGGAACAACAAUGAUGUCUGGUUCUGGAAUUUUAGUGAAUGGAAGAGGCACAUAUCGUGAAUAUGGAGAAUUUAAUUUAGACGAAUUAAGGGAAGGUGACAGAGUAGGCAUGAUAAGACGAAGCAAUGGAAAUCUUCAUUAUAUAAUAAAUGGGUUGGAUCAAGGUAUUGCUGCUAAAGUACCUGCAGGUGUAUGGGGUGUUAUAGAUUUGUAUGGUAUGACGGUAAAAGUAACAAUCGUCGAUCGUGAUGAAAGAGAAGAACAAAAUUUAGUUACUAGAAGAAACACAUUACAAUUACAAGGUUUAAAUGAAACAGAAGAAGAACCACCAGAUAGACUCAUGUUUCAUACAUGUUGUGGUACUCAUGUUGAAGUAAUUAAUAAUGGACGUACUGCACAUAGGCCUAACGUAAUGGACGAUUUCAACAAUGGUGUUGUAUUGACUUCAAGACCACUAAAACCAAAUGAAUUAUUUGAAGUGAGAUUGGACAAAAUUGUAGUAAAGUGGGCAGGAUCUAUUGAAAUAGGCGUUACUACUCAUUCCCCAACUGAAUUGGAGUUUCCUUUCACUAUGACAAAUGUUAGAUCCGGCACAUGGAUGAUGACAGAAAAUGGAGUAGUGCACAAUGGUACUACCAUAAUAGAUGAAUAUGGUCAAAAUCUUGAUGGACUGCAAGUCGGGGAUCGUGUAGGCGUAAUGAGAAAGGAUAACGCAACAUUGCACUUUUACGUGAAUGGUGUUGAUCAAGGAGCAGCGGCAAUGAACGUGCCUGAGAAAGUUUAUGGUGUUAUAGAUCUUUAUGGGCAAGCGGCUCAGGCAACUAUAGUUGAUAGUACAGAUUUCUAUAGUCCUACUACAAACAAUUCAAGCUUUAGUAAUACAACGUUGUAUAGUGACUUGAGGUUUCAUCAUAUACAUAGCAAAAAUGCAAAAAUAAUAAAUAAUGGAUUGACUGCGUUGAGGCCUAGAGCUUUAGGAGAAUUUAAUGAAGCUAUCGUGAUCGCAAAUCGUGCAUUGCGUGAUGGAGAAAUGUUUGAAGUAACAAUUGACAAAAUGGUUGAUAGGUGGACAGGUGCAAUUGAAGCAGGUGUAACUCUUAUAAGACCGGAUGAAUUGGAAUUUCCAUCUACAAUGACGGAUAUAGAUCACGAUACUUGGAUGUUGUCUGGAUCUAAUGUUAUGCGAGAUGGUCUUAUCCUAAGGAAUAAUUAUACUUGUGAUUUAGAUAAACUGCUAGAAGGUAAUCGCAUUGGCAUGAUGCGAUGUUCAGAUAGUAGUUUGCAUUAUUAUUUAGAUGGAGUAGAUCAGGGACCUGCUUGCACAGGUGUACCACCAUAUGUCUAUCCUGUGAUCGAAUUGUAUGGACAAUGUGUUCAGGUUACAAUCGUGCAGCCAGAACGUAGAGAUGCAAUGACACAACAGUAUUUGCCAUCAGAAAACAGUACUAGUCAGCAGCCUACAUCUGUAAUUCAACUUCAAGCUCAAACAGAAAUAAUGCAUAAAUUUCAUGAAUCUGUUGGCUUAAAUGUUGAAUUAAAUAGUGAUAAAACAUUAGCGACUAGGUGUAGAGAAUACAAUAAUGCUAUAUUAUUAAGUGAAGCACCUUUAGAAAAUAAUGAACUUUUCGAAAUUGCCAUUCAUGAAGUUGCGCGGGAAUGGAGCGGCUGUUUAAGGAUAGGUGUUGUGAAAAAUGAAAGUGGAAAUUGGUUAUCAUCUAUGAACCUUGUACCUGGCAUAGGAUCUAUUUCAGCAGAUGCUUGGUACUUAACAGGUAAUGAAGUAAGACAUAAUGGUUAUGUUUUAUGCAUGAAUUACUGUCCAAGUUUGGAAUGGUUGCGUGUUGGUGAUAAAAUUGGAAUGAAACGUACGCACGAGGGUAAUUUAAAGUUUUAUAUAAAUGGAGAGGACAUGGGUAUAGCAGCAACAAGUAUACCAGAAAUGGUGUAUGCUGUGAUUGAUCUUUUUGGUAGUACAGUGGCCGUAGAUAUAACAAGUAGUAAACAACAAAAUAAUGCGGUAUCUCCAAAUGCUAGUUUGAGAUUGCAAGAUUCUUUGGAAUUAUUGCUAGAUCCUAUGCCACCUUUUGUCAAAGUUUUGCGAAAUGAGACUGGAAUGGACACAUCUAUAGAUGUAUCUGAAGGAAAAUUAUUAAAUAAUGCUACGCUCACGCCAACGCAAUCAGCAGCUCAAUUAGUCGGAGAAAGCGAUUGGAAUUACGAGUUUCAUGAAAAUCAUGGUAGAAACAUACAGCUUGAAACUAAAACUAUUGCACGAAGAGUUGCAAGUUAUAAUCAAGGAGUGGUAAUGUCUAGUCGUCCUCUAAUAAAAGGCAAACCUUUUUUGGUAAAAAUAGAGAAACUGAAUAAACGAUGGGUUUCUAAUAUUUACUGUGGUGUAACUUGUAUUUCACCCGAAAAAGCUAAUUUUCCUUUAACUGCACUUGGUUUUAGAAAGCAUUCUUGGAUUAUUUGUAGUGACUGGAUAUCACAUAAUGGUAUUAGGGUAAAAACGAAGUAUGGAGCUGCUUUGGAAAGUCUUCACUCCAAUUCUAUAGUAGGUUUAUUGAUCGAUGACGACAACAGAUUACAUUUAAUUAUUAAUGGUGUAGAUCAAGGUGUAGCUGCAACAGACUUACCCCCUUAUAUUUAUGGUGUAUUUGAUCUGUAUGGGCAGUGUGAACAAGUUUCUAUUGUUACAAGUGGUAUGGAACAAUUCUCAUCAACUACCAUUAACAAUGCUGUAACAUCUGUGGAAUGUAUAAGGACCAAAUUAGAAGAUGCAGAAAACUCAAGAGAGAAAGCAGACUUAGAAUGUCAUGAAAAAGAAAACAUCAUCGCAGCUACUUCUUCGGAUCUAUCUUCUUCUACCUCACCAAGUGUGCCGAGUCAGUGCAGCUCAAAUGCUAAAGACGAUGAUAUUGUAGAGUAUGCAACGUGUAACAACGAUAAUGUACAUUUAGCAAAUCAUAUCGAGAACAAAGCAGUGCCCAGUAUCUCAGACAGUAAUAAUUUGGAUUCGAAUUCCGAUAUAAAUCAUGACACAACACGAAGUAUUAAAAACAAGACUUACGACAAUUCGAACCAGCUAAAUAAUAGCGCGAUAUUGAAUAGCCAGUCAGAAAAUUUGAGUAUUAGAAACGAAUGUACAAAUGUAGAGAUAAAUAAUGCGACUAAUAUUAAUAUUAAAAAUGGCACCGCAAACAGCACCAGUAACAUAACUAACUUAAAUACUAACGCUAAUAAUGCGAUAAAUGAAAGCAUAGUGUCUAAUAGUCAAGGGAAUAAUAUAAGCUCUUUGCAUCAAAACAAUGCAUCUGUUAAUAUGUUAAACUCGUCUCAGACAUUCUUGUCUCAGAAUACAUUGAAUAAUGCAACAUCUGAUAUUUCAAACACUGUUUCUUCUAAUUUCAAUGAAAUGCGUUCAAACAUAUCUUGGAACAACACUCUUGAUAAUUCUGUUGGUGGAAAUACAAUUUUAGGACAAAAUACAAUUUCUAUUUACAAUACGCCUUCGUUCCAGUUGCUGCAGGCACCAUUGUUACCGUCCACUCCUCUGGGAACAAACAUUAUACUUUCAAAAAAGUGUGAAUAUUUAAAGGCGUGUAUGAGACUGAAGAAAUCACUGGUUUUGCCGGAUGAAUUCUUUUCUUUAGAAGAUGUAUUGUGUUAUUGUAAUAACUGUUAUAAAGUAGAAGGGGAUAGUGCAAUUUGCAAAAAAGGUGAACCACCAGCAGAAUUUGCUAUACCGAUUGGAUGGAGUAGGUUUCCAUUGAAACAAAGUAUUAAUGCCAAUCAAAUUCCACAUACUAUAACUGAUAAGUGGCAUGUUGCUUUUUAUGGUAUACGUCUGGACGCAAUCAGACUGAUUUUGGACACGGGUGAACUUAUGACAAAAGAGCAACUAGAUAUGAGUAAUCUAACAAUGAAUAUAAAGACCGAAGAUCAAAAUCCUCAGGUAGCUUUCUCCCCUAGUAUAAAAUAUGCAGCAUCUGAGGAGUUUACCAAGAAGUAUCCAUAUAUCGAUACUCAAUCAAAUAGAAAGCUGACAGCAACUACGGCAUUUCAGCUGUUAGUGAGGCCUGGUUCAUAUACAAUCAAUUCUGGUAGUAAAGAUGGUGAUGAUCCGCAGUUUGAAUCUAUUAAAUGGGCUACCAAAGAAGCCGGGGCUACAGUUAUCGUGGCCCUCUUAAUUCACCUCGAUGGAUUUUAAUUCACAUAACACGGAAGUGAGAAAGCGUUGCACGAUGCAAUUGUUGUGAGAGACACACUUUCGUUUAAGGUUGAGGAAUGUACAUAAACAUUAUAUAACGUAAUAUAGUUAUCAUAAGAUAAUUUUUUUAAAUCAAUUUUUUAUCUUCAAUUAUUCCG